UACAUUAUUAACACCCGCUACAGCAAAAUAAAGCAUAGAACAAAAAUAAAGGGUACUUAAUGGAUACUAUAAACAUCAUACAUAUUUAAUGAACCACAAAGUGUAUUGAGAUAAAAAUCAUUUUAAGUGAGGAGAAAGGGAAUACUAAAGGUUGCAUGUGAAUAAAAAAUGCACUUUAGUAAAUGGAAUCAGGUUGUUGUUAGAGAUCUGGGGGGAAAAAUACAAAAUGUUUUAGCACCUUUAAAAUAACAAAGAAUUAAAAUGACUCAACUCAAAAAAUAUGUACACUCAGUCACCACUUGAAUACCACUCUCCACCUGGUUUCCAUCUUUCCCACGGGAACCUGAAGGCAGCACAGCCACUCAUUGAUGAGCGCGCCUGUCAAUCACAGCUGCAGCUCCCUCCCACGUGGUGACGUUUCCGUACCAAAGUAACCAGGCCAGUCCAUUACGCACACAAAAGACACAACAAAAGCCUGUGCUGGGAAAAAUGAGAUCCGUCAGCACCCAAAGGACACAACAAUAAGUUCCCAUCUGGCAGCAUCACACAUGGACCAGAGCCUGGGACGACGACAAUCAUUUAUUUAACUCCAAACAACAACAACAACAACACAACAUCUCUCUCUUUCUUCAGCUGUCCAACCAAGCUGCGUUUUGCUCAGAUCUGAUCCAGGUGGUUUGAUUUUCUCCUGUGGUGUCUGUGUGGAGCGUGCCACACACCCACUCCACAACAACGACGGCUUUUGCUUGCAUCUUCCAGUGUUUCUUCUGUCAGCAAGUCCAGCAGAGCUGCAACUCUUCCAGUGCCAGCCCUGACACCAGCGAGGAGCCCUGCCCCACUGACAUGGUGAAGAUGACCAAGUCCAAGACCUUCCAGGCUUACCUGCCGAACUGCCACCGCACCUACAGCUGCAUCCACUGCCGGGCACACCUGGCCAAUCACGACGAGCUCAUCUCAAAGUCAUUUCAAGGCAGUCAAGGAAGAGCUUAUCUGUUUAAUUCAGUGGUGAAUGUCGGCUGCGGGCCAGCUGAGGAGCGGGUACUCCUCACAGGUUUACAUGCUGUGGCUGAUAUCUACUGUGAAAACUGUAAAACCACCCUGGGUUGGAAAUAUGAACACGCGUUUGAGAGCAGUCAAAAGUACAAAGAGGGAAAGUUCAUCAUCGAGCUGGCUCACAUGAUCAAGGACAACGGAUGGGAGUGACGCUCCGGCCGCGCUCGUUCUUUUUCUGACCUUGGAAUGCUCUUUAUUGAACUGCGUGGAGCGACGACCAUCGACCACCCCCCCCUUCCCCGCUCCCCCUUCCCCCUUUAAACUAAAAAAAAAAAACCCAACAACCCCGACCCCCCUCCACCUCUCGUCUCCUCCACGUGCACACACACACACACACACACACCCACCUGCUCAUCGUGAAACUGAAAAGAACAAAUGACAUAACAACAACAACAAAAAAAAAAAACAACGACGACCAGGAAGAGGAGCAACUGUUGAAAAAUCACGUCACAGGACAGUCCUGUCGUUACUUUGAAGAUUGUGUGUUCUCCUUUCGCAGCUCCGGAGCUUUUGGGUUUGACCCCCCCGUGGCCCGCUCACUCUCACCCCGGCCUCCUCCUCCUCCCCCCGCCCCCCUCCCCCCUCCUCCACUCACCGAACCACGCUUACAAGUGAUUGUGGUGAUUAUGGCGACCACUAUGCGAAAGGAGAUAGACUUCACUGAGGGGACAUUUCUUCGUUUUCUUUAUUUCGCCCACCCAGCGAGACGGACGACUUUAAUGUUAUUUGCUAUAGUUUUAACUUCUGGGUUUGGUAAGGUUUUGGUUUGAUGGCAGAUGGAUGUUACUGGUUAGCAUUUUAUUUCCCUGUCAAGUUUGUCAUGUUUUUUUUUUUGUUUUUGUUUUUGUUUGUUGUUUGGCUUGUCGUAUCUCUGCCUAUAGCUGAGCAUGCUUUUCUUUGCUAAUGUCCAAAUGAGCAAUCAGGGACGGGUGAGGAGCGGAGGGGAAAGGGAGUUUAUUGUAGUUACAAAUAUGUAGCAGCAUCUUGCUUUUUUUUUUUUUUUUUUUU